UCGAGGCGAGGUCACAAGUUCCCAAGCAGCACAUCCCCUGAGCACAUCGCACACUUCCCCACAGGGAGGGCGGAUCCCACACGGAGACACACGGGAUCAGGGGCUAGAAGCCUCAAACCGCACAUAUAGGCUAGGUCUAAUGAGUCAAAGUUGCUGAAAUCUGCUGUGCGCCUGAGAUCCGGUACGUGGAAUGACCAGUCACUCAUCACACUCCAACGGCAUGCAGAGCCUCCGGACGGAGCACCUAUACAAGGUUCUGGUUAUCGGAGACCUGGGGGUUGGGAAGACUUCCAUCAUCAGGCGUUACGUCCACCAGACCUACUCCACCAACUACCGGGCCACCAUCGGCGUGGACUUCGCCCUAAAGGUGUUGAACUGGGACUCUGAGACUGUCCGGCUCCAACUGUGGGACAUUGCAGGUCAGGAACGUUUUGGAAACAUGACCCGAGUGUAUUACCGUGAAGCAAUGGGAGCCUUCAUAGUGUUCGAUGUGACAAGGCCCACGACCUUCGAGGCCGUCAUCAAGUGGAAAGAGGACCUGGACUCCAAACUAAUGCUGACUAAUGGACAGAGCAUUGCCACUGUGCUACUGGCUAACAAGUGCGACCAGGGCAAGGAGCUGAUCAACAACGGCAUCAAAAUGAACCAGUUCUGCAAGGACCAUGGCUUUCUCGGGUGGUUUGAAACCUCGGCUAAGGACAAUCUCAACAUCGGUGAAGCUGCCAACUUCCUGGUCAAGCACAUCAUGGCCACAGAGAAUGACAUUCUGAAAAGCGUGGUCCCAGACACCAUCUCACCUCAGUUGGACUCCAACAGGCAGAUGAGCUGCUCUGGCUGCUCCAAAUAAUAAAAGGUGGCGCCAAGGCAGAACAGACAGUUGGACAAAGAGGGACAGUCACACCACACAGUCUUCCAAGGAAAUCUAAGUACCUACAGUACAGUUUGUCUUCUUUGGUGUGAAACAGUAUUGAAGAUUUUAGUUUGGUGCAUGUUUGUGGUUUGUUUGUUUUCUAAGUGUCCAAUUACAAAAAAACAGAGCUUGCAAACUUUUUAGCCCUUAACCCGCUGGACAAAACUAAACAAAUAAAGCCAAUGUUUGCAAAAUACCUCAUCCAACACAUCCAAAAGGCAUAAAGUAAUACAGGAUGAAAACAGGAGUGUUUUUAUUGGUUCUUACGAUUUCAAGCAAGUGUGAUUGUGUUUCUGUUCUCCUUCUAUAUCUUCCUAAACUUUGUGAAGAAAAGAAACCGUGUGGAUGACAUACUGGCUUUCUUUAUCAUUAUUCUGCAAGAGCCAAAUAAGUCAGUAUUAACCAUU